GCAAAUAUCUGUGUCCAACAUGGUUUAUACCGAAAGAGAAUGGACUGGGGCCCUCAAAUGAUUAUCAUAUAGUUGUUUUGGGAUUGCGAAUUUAGCUAUGGGUUAUCUUUCCCUGGGUGAAAUAGAUGUUUUCUCAGCUGAGUAAAGUAUACACUGAGACGGGGUAGAUUAAUUGAGUCAAAUGAAUAAGGUGUAUAAGCUGUAGUAAGGACUUUUGCAAUGGAGAGCGAAAGGGAUUUAUUGGUGUCAAUACUGAGGUAAAUAGACUGAUUUGAGGCAAGUUUUAUUUGAUUUAUGCAGUAUGAGACUUGCACACAACCGCUGGACACGCAGCUCCGCUGCGCAUGCGAGUCACAAGCAGAAAAGUUGUAUCCUGUACGGAUUCCGAGUGCAUGUGUGCUGGAGGGAAACGGAUUCAGCUUGUGAGAGUCGUUUCAUUAUCGCCCGGAAAAGCCCACGACUGCAGCAGAAUCAAAUAUAUCCAAGCCACUGACCGACGGGCAAGCCAGGAUUAUAAAACAAGCCCUCCGGCCAACAGUUUGAGUGCUAACGAGAAAAUCGCAGAAGCUAAAUAGCUAACCUGAAAUGGCGACGGCAAUAUACUUGGAACAUUACCUUGACAGUAUUGAAAACCUACCGUGUGAACUACAGAGAAACUUUACUUUGAUGCGGGACCUGGACAAUAGGACUGAAGAAAAGAAAGGAGAGAUUGACAAACUGGCUGAAGAGUACAUUGCAAAUGUGAAGAACCUGGCCUCAGAACAGAGAGUGGAACACCUGCAGAAGAUCCAAAAUGCCUACAGCAAGUGCAAAGAGUUCAGUGAUGACAAAGUCCAGCUUGCAAUGCAGACAUAUGAAAUGGUGGACAAACAUAUCCGCAGACUGGAUGCCGAUCUGGCGCGGUUUGAGAAUGAGCUAAAGGAGAAACUGGAAGUGAGCGGCUACGAAAGUACAGAGGGAAGAGGACUGAAAAAGGGUGAGUCCCGGGGGCUGAGGGAGAAGCGCGGAUCCAGAGGAAGAGGAAGGAAAGGUUCUGAUGAAGAUUCUCCCAGAAAGAAAAAGAUAAAAAACAGGACUUCUAGCCCAGACUUGAGUGACGCUCUCCUGCCUAUGCAACCAUCAGACGUUUUGGACAUGCCAGUUGAUCCCAAUGAGCCUACAUACUGCCUGUGCCAUCAGGUGUCAUAUGGAGAGAUGAUUGGAUGUGAUAACCCAGAUUGUCCGAUUGAGUGGUUUCACUUUGCUUGUGUUGAUCUCGCAUCAAAACCCAAAGGAAAAUGGUUUUGUCCGAGGUGCACCCAAGACAAGAAGAAGAAAUGAGAUUUCUUACUUUCAGAAAUAAUUAACAAAUAAUGUAUGUAUUUUAUGUGUAGUUUAAUAGUGUAAACUACUAUAUAUAAUUUCAAUUCUUAUAAUUCUCCAUAGAAAUGGUGGGUCAUACAGCUUUUUUUAAAGGCCUUAUCUGGAUUCAGAGUAUAGCUACGCUUGGCACCGUUAGACCCCCUUCUAUUGGCGUUACUACUGUAUGUCUUGUCAUUGGAUUUGUCCAAUAGCUUUAAGAUAAUGAAUACACCUGAAUAUUAUAUGUGUACUAUAGUUAAAUUAGUCUUUGCAGUGGAGAUAAAAGUUGCACAAAUUACCAAUCAAAGUCCUUCCUCUCAAGUCAUACAGUGUAUAUAUUGUCAUUACUAACAUACUCAGAAAUCCUGAAUUGUGGCUUUAGCAUACUUGAAAUUUCAAUUUUAUAAAGAUCUAUUUUUUAAUCAAAUUGAGAGCCUGCUGAGAAUUUACAAUUUUAAACACCUAAAUCCUUACCGAAUUUUGGUGGUAAAAGGAAUUAUGUGUCAGAUUUUCAGUUACCUACCUCCUUAGGGAAUACAUCAGCACUGCAUAAAUGACUGCAUACCAAUGUAAAAAUUUGUGUUUUGAUUAGCUUAAACCAAACAAGCAAAGCAAUGCCAAUUCAUUCUUUAUUGAUUUUCCAAAAAAGCUGCGACAUUUUUGAAUGUAUUGUGGUACUAAUGGUCAGUCAGUCAGUGUCUCUUGUCAACUGAAUGAGGUAUUUAAGCACUUUGAAUGAAAUUUUCCCCUGAAGAGGUUUGAUACUGCAGGCUUGGUUUUAUGAUAUAUAUAUAUAUAGUUUAUCUCAUUUAAAACUCUGCCAUAGUGCAUCACUUCAAACCAUAUGGAAAUAUAUAUGUUUUGUAUGAUAUGAAACAAUAUUUUGUGGACACAUUUUUUUUCCAAAGAUAUAUUUGUUGUAUUGCUUACUUAUUGGUGUACUCUCAAAUUUUAUUUAAUAGGAUUUUAGCCUCUUCUUUCAUAGUCAACUGUGAAUAUCACUCAUUUAGGUGUAAGCCACAAAUAAAAGAGCCAAAGUCUUUGUAUUUUGUAAAAUUCAGUAUUUUGUAACAAAUAAAUAUUCACUAUAACUCA